AUGAGGCUGAAGGAGGAAGUGAGCCCUCUGCUGCUGCUGGUGAUCCGCUCAGUGGUGUGGGUGUACGGCUUCCUCAGCUACCUGCCCUGGUACCUGCUCUCCCGCCCGGAGCGUGGCGCUCCGUCCCCGCGCCGCCAGGCCCUGUCCACCGGCGGACAUCCCGCCGGGCCUUACCGCGCGGUCGCAAGCCUGCAGGGGCUGGCCUGCGUGCUCUACCCAGAGUGCACCACGCUGGACCGCGUGUUCAGCCAUGCCCGCGAGCGUUUCCCCCAGCGAGACUGCCUGGGCACCCGCCAGGUCCUGAGAGAAGAGGACGAGAGCCAGCCCAACGGCAAGGUCUUCAAGAAGGUGAUCCUGGGGCAGUACGUGUGGCUGUCGUAUGAAGAGGUGUUCCAGGCCGCACAGCGGCUGGGCAGGGGGCUGGCAGCUCUGGGGCAGAAACCGCGACACAACAUCGCCAUCUUCUGUGAGACACGAGCAGAGUGGUUCAUCACCGCACAGGCCUGCUUUAUGCACAGCUUCCCACUGGUCACUCUCUACGCCACUCUUGGGGGGCCAGCAAUUGCUCACGGGCUGAAUCAGACUGAGGUCACUCACAUCGUCACCAGCCAGGACCUGCUCCAGACCAGGCUUAAGGAUAUCCUGUUGGAGGUCCCUCGACUGCAGCACAUCAUUGUUGUGGAUGGGAGGUCCGGUCCAGAGGAGGGGUUCCCCCGGAGGAUUCAUGUGCACAACAUGGCAACUGUGCAGGAGCUGGGCACCGAGCCUGAGAAGUUGACAUCACCGCGCUCACAGCCCCUCCCCUCGGACAUCGCGGUCAUCAUGUACACCAGCGGCUCCACGGGCGUGCCCAAGGGCGUGAUGGUCUCCCAUAGCAACAUCAUCGCCGGGAUCACCGGCAUGGCCGAGAGGAUCCCAGGGCUGUGUGAGGAGGACACCUACAUUGGGUACCUGCCCCUGGCCCAUGUGCUGGAGCUGAGCGCGGAGCUGGUGUGUGUGUCGCACGGCUGCCGUGUCGGAUACUCCUCCCCACACACACUGGCUGACCAGUCGUCUAAGAUCAAGCGGGGCUGUAGAGGAGACAGCACGGUGCUGCAGCCCACCCUCAUGGCCGCAGUUCCGGAGAUAAUGGACCGCAUCUAUAAGAAUGUGAUGCAGAAGCUGGAGGAGAUGAGCAGUGUGCAGAGGACCAUGUUCACUCUGGCCUACAACUACAAGAUGGAGCAGAUCUGCCAGGGCAACAGCACACCUCUCUGUGAUGGGCUGCUGUUUGGGAAGGUGCGGUCCCUGCUGGGGGGUCGGACGCGGGUGCUGCUGUCAGGGGGGGCUCCUCUCUCCGCAGCCACGCAGCGCUUCAUGAACAUCUGCUUCUGCUGCCCCGUGGGGCAGGGCUACGGGCUGACGGAGACGUGCGGGGCAGGCACCAUCAGCCAGAUGUGGGACUACAGCACAGGCCGAGUGGGGGCCCCUCUGGUCUGCUCCGAAAUCACCCUGAAGGACUGGGAGGAGGCGGGCUAUCGUAGCACAGACAAGCCCAACCCCAGGGGGGAGAUCCUGAUUGGAGGACCCAACGUCACCAUGGGAUACUACAAGAAUGAGGCCAUGAGCCAGCGGGACUUCUUCGUGGACGGGAACGGCCAGCGGUGGUUCUGCACGGGCGACAUCGGCGAGGUGCUCCCAGAUGGCUGCCUAAAAAUUAUCGACCGGAAGAAGGACCUGGUGAAGCUGCAGGCGGGGGAGUAUGUGUCGCUGGGGAAGGUGGAGGCUGCACUCAAGAGCUGUCCCCUGGUGGACAACAUCUGCGCCUAUGCCAACAGUGAUGAGUCUUAUGUGAUUGGCUUCGUGGUGCCCAAUCAGAAGCAGCUCCUGGCGCUGGCAGAGCAGCAUGGGGUGAGGGGGUCGUGGGAGGAGCUGUGUAACAGCGCAGAGAUGGAGGCCCAGGUGCUGCGGGCCCUCACAGAGGCGGCCGCCACAGCUAGGCUGGAGCGGUUUGAGGUCCCGCAGAAGAUCUGCCUGAGUGCGGAGCCCUGGACCCCAGAGACAGGCCUGGUCACCGACGCCUUCAAGCUCAAACGCAAGGAGCUCCAGACGCACUACCUCCCCGACAUCCAGAGACUGUACGCGGGGAAGUAGGCCCGCGGGUCUCACCACCCACCCCAAACCCCACACACCACCCCACCCA